AUGGGCCUCGCGGACGCCCUGGACCUUCCCGAGGUCGCAGAGCCCUUGGGCCGAGAGGAGCAAUGGGCCAGCGGCGUCUCUGAGCUUCUGGCUUGCCUCGAUGAGAGCUCUUUGAAGGCACCCCGGGGUUCCGGUAGCUUCGAAGCUUUGGCGGAGAAGCGGCGAUCGCAGAGGCGGCGGCAGGCCGAGAAGGUGGUGGCCCAACGGAUUUCCUCAAGCCGGGCGGUUGCCGAGGCACACGGAGCUCUGGGACGAUUUCUGGAUAAACGGGCGGGCAGCGUGCAGGAGGCAAGCUGCGCUGCCUCGGAUGCUCAGGGGAGGUUGCAGCGACUACAGGAGCAGAGCAAGGGUGCGCGCGCUGUGGCCUUGAGAAACGCCCAAGCUCAGGUUGCUGACGCGGAGCAGCGUGCACUGCAAGAGGCGAGAACCCGGCAGGCUAUGCUGGAUCGCCGUGAGGCGGAGGUCGAGGCCUUGAAGCAGAUCACGAGCUCCUUGAACUCCAGAUGCAAGACCUGCGCUGGCGACCUGCGGAACAUCAGCCGCACGCUUGAGGCAGCUGCAGGACAAGCCUCGGAUGUUCGCCACGAGAAGCGAUUGGUACAGGACCGCUGCCUCAGUCUGGAUGCACGCGAGGCAGCACUCUUGACCCUGGAGAGAGCCUGGCGCGAGGUGGCGCGGUCGAAUUCGGCGAGAAGCCCAAGGAAAGCCCUCGACGCAGCGCGGGAGCACCUCAGCCGUGAGCUCCUUCGAGACAAGGUGUUCAUGGACAAAGUGCACCAGCUUUUGGACAGCCUCCCGCAGGCUGCGCCCCCAGAGUUCACAUCACCGGCCUCUGAUGUCUCCAUCGAGCCGGGCCAUCGUCCAGCCUCCGAGGCCAAAGAGGGAGGGGCCAGCGCCGACUCCACCGCAGAUGCUGGGGACUUGAACGGGGAUCAUUCCGUCGUUUGGUCGCCGGUGAAUGGGAGCGCGGCAAGUCAGGGCAAGGAGGAAACUGCGACGCUGGGUGCUCUUGCGGACGUUUCGGAGCCCGUGUACCACGAUGAGGAUCCCAACAGGGCCAGGUCGCCAGUGCCCCGGUCGGUGACAGCGCCGCCGAGGCGGCUGGGCCGGUGGCCCUCCUCGAAGUCCUUCACAAGGAUGACAUCCCCGACGCGCAUCGUGGUGCAGACGCUGCCUCCAACGAGAUUCCAAUCGCUGGGGGACUCUUUAGGCGCCACCACCAUGCUUCCAAGCGAGGGCGAGACCCCGGUCUCCAUCACACAGCGGCCCGGCUCAAAAUCGCAACAGCUCUCGGCGACCCUGCCGCUGCAAGUGGUCAUGGCCCACGAGCGAGGAGGUCGCAAAAACCUGGGACUUGGCCACGACAAGCCCGAACCGGUGAGGUUCGUGUCGGCAAACGCGAGCACUGUCGUGGCUCACGAGCGGGGUCGCAAGAACUUCGGGCAGGAAAGUCGUGGAGAGCAUGUCGAAGCUGUCCGGUUCAUCUCUGCGAGCGGCAGCCACAGGAGAGAAUACUCACUGGAGACGCCCCCUGCACAGAUCCCUCAAGCCAGCUACCGGGCAACUUCCUCGGAUGCGCAGCCGAAGACUCCGCAGAUGCCUUGCAGGACUUCGCAGGCACGGUAUCAGACUUCCCCUCAACCUCGACAGGCACAUCAUGUGAUACAACCUCAACCUCAGCCGGCUCAGCCCGUGGUGCAAUCACCACAGCGAUACCCGCUUCUGGGCCACCAGCUGCAAUCGCCGCAACACCGCGUGCAAUAUUUCAGCCCGCAAGCUCAGAGUUAUGCCCCCGCUAUGGGGCCGAUCGGCACCACACCCAUGGUGGUGCCACGUCUGCCGGGCGCCAACCUCACAGUUCUUCCUCCGCAGACCGUGGUUUGGCCCGGACAGAGGUGA